AUGUCGAGGCCCGCCGAGAUGCCAUUGGCUGCCCAGAGGAGGCCGCAAAUUGGGCGUGGGGCCGGCAGCGCUCUUCGUACGCACCCAGCAAUUAGCUCCCGCUAUAAAGAGGGCGACACGUCGCUUUGUAUGCGAGGCAGAGUCGCGAGGUGUGACUUGUCAGGACUUGACUCACCGGAGAUCGGGCGGGUGACGUCACGCGCGAGACACGGCGCGCUCUCUAGUCCCUGUCGGGGCGCCGCCGGCCGACUUUACUUACCUACGCACUGGCCAGAUAACGAUAAGAGCGCUCGCCCGAGCCGUAUUCGGCCCCCGAUAUCGCCCAUU